CCCACUCCGCCCGAUUCUUCACAAGAAAGCUCAUCUCGCCAUCGCCGGUGUCAUCGUCUCCAGCAGCACGCUCUUGACCACAGUGAGCCAAGUGACAACAACAGAGGCUGUCUUGUCACUCAGUCUUGUCUACUCUCUGACAUGCAAAAAUCGCGGAUGGCUCAGGCUAACUCAGACUUCGUUGACUCUCUCCUGGAGGAAUGCAAGCAUCGUGUAGGUUUUUCCCAUUUAAGCGCUUCUCUUAGUGCUUCUUUACUGUGUAUGAAUCCACCUGUCCAUGAGGAAUGGGAGUUUCUUACUUAUUUCUUUUGGCUUAACUAUACUGUUCCUCUAACUUCUGUUCAUCGCCUUAGUAAUUCCACGAACUAA